AUGGGGUUGCGAGAUAUGACUCGAUUAUCUUCUACUAUUCCACAACAAAUCUUCAGAUACUCAACAAUUAAUCAUAAUAAGAUCAAUCCUAUCUCACCUUGAUUUAUAUCAGGUUAUUCAGAUGCAGAGGGUUGUUUCAAUGUUAGCCUUCAAAAAAAUCCUAAUGGUAAAUUCUAUGUCCGUCCUUCAUUCAAGAUAAAAGUUCACUCAAGAGAUAAUUUAUUAUUAAUGCGUAUUAAAGAUUAUUUUGGAGGUAUAGGAAAUAUUUAUAUUAGUACUAAGGAUUCAACAUUCGUGGUAAGAUCUUUAGACGAUAUCUUAAAAAUCAUUUCGCAUUUUGAUAACUACCCUUUAAUAACUCAAAAAAAAUCCGAUUUCAUAUUAUUUAAGCAAAUAAUCCAUAAAGUAUAUGAAGGGGACCAUUUAUCUGCCAAGGGAUUACAAGAAAUUGUUAAUCUUCGUGCCUCGAUGAAUUUAGGUUUAUCGGAUUUUUUGAAUACUAUUUUCCCUAAUACUGUCCCUGUCGCUAGACCCCUGAUAGAAAAUAUUACUAUUCCUCACCCUGAAUGAAUGGCUGGGUUUGUUACAGGUGCUCCAAAACACAACCUUAGAUUAGGUAUAAGUAUUUUAGGGGGCAGCUCUAAAAAUCUUAAGACUCGAUGUGGCUUGAAUAAAAAAUUACAAAUUCUAUAUAAAAAUUAUUGUUCUUCACGUCCUUAUUCUACUAAUAUUCCAGCCAUCAAGGUUAAUGAGCAUACGGUUCACUCUUCAUAUGGGGUUGAAAAGUAUUUAUCCUUAGAGGUGUGAGGUAUAAAUUUAAGAUCUACAGUGGGGGAUAAAUUUUCGAGAAAUGAACUAGCUAUGAUAAAACUUCCCUCUUAUGAACGUAGUGUUAUCAUAGGAUUAAUUUUAUCAGAUGGUUGACUACGUUUUGUAGGUGCAAGGUCUAAAAAUGCACAAUUAGGAUUUUUGCAAUCUGGUGCUAAUGGUAAAUAUUUUUGAUUUGUUUUUUGAUCCAUAUCUCAUUAUUGUUCAGCUAAUCCUAAGUUAAGAGUUCGAAGUAGAUUUGGAAAGGAAAACAUUAGUUGAGAAUUAUAUACUAGAGUAAUGCCUUGUUUAACUGAGUUACAUUCUUUAUUUUAUUCUAAAGAAGGUGUAAAAGUAAUUCCUGAAAAUAUUUAUGAACUUUUAACACCCGUAGCUCUGGCUCAUAUUAUAAUGGGAGAUGGACAAGGAAGUAGGCACGGUUUGUUAUUAUGUACAGAUUCCUUUACAAUACCUGAGGUAAUCAAAAUAAUGAAUGUGCUUAUAAUCAGAUAUCAAUUAAAUUGUACUUUGCGUUUCCAUACUCCAACUCAACCUCGAAUUUACAUUCGAGAAGGGAGUAUGCCAAAACUAAGAAUAAUCCUUGAACCCUAUAUAAUUCCUUCCAUGAAGUAUAAAAUAGAAAAAAAAAAUAUCUUUUAUCUUAACUUAAGGGAUUACUUGCGUAGGGGGUAG